CGUUAUGGUCUCUUGCGGACCCCGGAAGUGCAACUCGAACUUGGUCGGGGCGCGGAUCCCGAGAGGGAAAGUCAUAACAACCGCACGAGGGAGUUGGUCUGGCGAGCUGGAAGGCCACGCCUCCUCCCGCCUCCCCCCGCAGCCCUGUAGCUGGGGGCAGAGCUCAGAUUUAUUAUCCAGGAUAGAUUUGGAUGAACUAAUGAAAAAAGAUGAACCACCUCUUGAUUUUCCUGAUACCCUGGAAGGAUUUGAAUAUGCUUUUAAUGAAAAGGGGCAGUUAAGACACAUAAAAACUGGGGAACCAUUUGUUUUUAACUACCGGGAAGACUUGCACAGAUGGAACCAGAAAAGAUACGAAGCUCUAGGAGAGAUCAUCACGAAGUACGUAUAUGAGCUCCUGGAAAAAGAUUGUAAUUUGAGAAAAAUUUCCAUCCCAGUAGAUGCCACUGAAAGUGAACCAAAGAGUUUUAUCUUUAUGAGUGAGGAUGCUUUGACAAAUCCACAGAAACUGAUGGUUUUAAUUCAUGGUAGUGGUGUUGUCAGGGCAGGUCAGUGGGCUAGAAGGCUUAUUAUAAACGAAGACCUGGACAGUGGCACACAGAUACCUUUUAUUAAGAGAGCUAUGGAUGAAGGAUAUGGAGUGAUAGUACUGAAUCCCAAUGAAAACUAUAUUGAAGUGGAAAAGCCGAAGAUACACAUACAGUCAUCUUCUGACAGUUUAGAUGAACCUGCAGAAAAGCGGGAAAGAAAAGAUAAAGUCUCUAAAGAAACAAAGAAGCGACGUGAUUUCUAUGAAAAAUAUCGUAACCCCCAAAGAGAAAAAGAAAUGAUACAAUUGUAUAUAAGAGAAAAUGGAUCUCCUGAAGAACAUGCAAUCUAUGUGUGGGACCAUUUCAUAGCCCAUUCAGCAGCUGAAAGUGUAUUUUUUGUUGCUCACAGCUAUGGAGGACUUGCUUUUGUUGAGCUGAUGAUUCAACGAGAAGCAGAUGUAAAAAGUAAGGUAACUGCUGUGGCGUUGACAGACUCUGUUCACAAUGUGUGGCAUCAAGAAGCUGGCAAAACUAUUCGAGAAUGGAUGAGAGAGAACUGUUGUAAUUGGGUCUCUAGCUCAGAACCUCUAGACACAUCAGUGGAAUCUAUGUUGCCUGACUGUCCCCGAGUCUCAGCAGAUGCCUACAAAAUCUCCCUGGAGCUAGAAAUGAAGUUGUCAUAUUUGCCUGCUCCUUGAGAUCUGAAGGAAUUCAAUUUCUUUUCUUGUGGCAUUUAAAAUAUAAUUUUAAAGUCAAUUACAAGAAGGAGUAAUCUGCAGUCUGCAGAAUUGACUGGUUCACUCAUUUGAGUAUAAGACAUCUCUAAUGAUUGUCAGAAGAUAAACUUUAACUGUAAACGGCUAAAUAUAUUUAUACGAAAAGUGCUGCAUCUUUUGCCACAUGAACAUGAAGCAUAUCUAAAUACAACAUCAAAAGUUGUGUUAAAAGAAACCAAACCCAUACAACACAGGGAUUAAAUGAUGUGGAAGCUCAUGCCAGCUGUAGUCUAUGCAUUAUAGCCAAAUCAGAAGGAUCGGUAAAUGCCGUUGUAAAUUGUAAUUUGUAUGCAGUAUUUAAGCAGAGGGUGGAGUUUGAUGAAGAAAUAAAACGAGUAUCAUGCUUUAAAAAAA